CCGCUGCGCUCCCGAUCCCCGCCCAACGGCUCUUCCUCGUCAAAUUGGAGCAGGCGCUAGUAAGCAUGAUGGAAGGGAAAAGGCGGGAAUCUGCAGAGGGGGAAGCAUUGGAACCCAUCCUAAAGAAGAAUCUUCCACCAGAAAUUCAGAUCCAUCACUCCAUACCAUAGAAAAAAUUAAAAUCUGAGCUAUUCAAAGGGUAUUUAAUAUCUUCAUUGGUGCAUCUCUUAUAAGUGUUAAAUUAUUAUUUUAAAAAACAGUUUAUAUUACUGUAUUUUACAAUUAUUUUAUUUUAUUUUAGGCUUUCUAGUCCUGUGCCUUAAUAUAUAGUAUCAGUGCUUUUUUUCUUAAAAAAAAAAAAAAAAAAGGUGCCGGAACUCACACAUGUCAUACAACCCGCCUUGCCUACCCUACAGGGUUCCAUCCAAAAAAGGUGCCGGAACUCCGUUCUGGGCGUUCUAUGAGGAAAAAAGCCCUGUAUAGUAUAAUGAAUAUAUUUACUGUAUAGAAUAUAACUUAAUAUUUAAUAUACUAUCCAAAUAUAUAUGGAGAAGAGUGUAUGUAAGUUUAUGAUGACAGCUUUAUGUCACUUUUGCUUAUUUUUGCUUAUUUUGAAGCUGAUACAUUUACCAAGAUGAAAACUACUUUAGGACGUGUUUCCAUUGAGAUGAAACAUAGCCAGCCUGAAAUUUUAACUAUACCUACGGAAAAUCAUCUAACUCUUGCUGGAAUUUCCAGGACAGAUAAAGGACUUGCAUUUAGUUCUGAAAACCAUAAUCUUAAGACUGAUUUACUAAAUAAGCCAGUUGAUAAAGGAUCCCUUUGUAGUCAAGAUACGUGUUUAAAUUGCACAGGUGAAACUGCAGUUGAUCAUUUGAAACAUACGCUUAAUAGGGAAAAUGAAAACACAGUGCUAGAGGUAAAAAUGCAGCCAUGUACACAAGAUUAUUGUGAUGAAGUCCUUGGAAAAUAUGAAAAAUUAUCUGAAGAGGCUCUUUCAGAAGCAGCAAGAUGUCCAUAUUUACCAGAACUGCAACUACAUUCAUACAGUGUUCAAUUUUCUUCGUUAAUGACACAAGAUAGAAAUACUGUACUAUCUCUUGUCACCAAUGCUCCUGAUGGAACAAUCAGUACAAAUACAGAAAUUACACCAGUGCUGAGACCUUUAUUAACUCCUUCAAAUGCAAGUAACACUAUUUCUUGUGACCAAAUCAAAGGGAUUGUUAAUAAUUCUACAGUGUCACAAACCUUAUCAGACUGCUCUGAUGUAGAAUUUUGCAAUGGUAUACAUGCUUCAUCUCAAGAUACAAAUGUAUCACAAACAGGAUCAAAUGAGAUCAAAGAGACAGCUGUAAGCCUUGUAGUAAAUAAUACUGAAGAAGGUGUUUUUCACAGUUCAAAUGGUACAGAGGCAGGCCACAAUCUGGCAGCAGAACAAAAUGCUGUGGAGGAAUCCACUUAUUCACAGAGAAAUUACUCUACUCCUCAAGUGAUAAUAUGUCAGUUGAAAAAUGGCACUCAUAUACUUUGUGUAAACAAUACCAAGACAAGAGAAUUGAAAGCUAUUCAUUUGGUUUCCCAGUAUCAAGAACAGCAUGCAAGCAACUCGGUAACAUCUGUACUUGGGCAGUUUUUGCCAGUUGCAGGUAAACUGAAUACCUGUGCUGAAGAGCCUGAUAAUGGAUCCAUACAUACAAGCAGUUCAGAUCUGACUCUUCAGGAGCCAACAAAACUAACUUUAGUUGGGUUUCCUUAUGCUUCCUGGGAUACAAAAUCAAAGAAGCCAUGCAAUUGCACUAAAUCGCAGUGCCUCAAACUAUACUGCGAUUGUUUUGCCAAUGGUGAUUUCUGUAGUAAUUGCAACUGUAAUAAUUGUUAUAACAAUCCAGAGCAUGAAAUAGAACGGUUUAAGGCUAUUAAGGCUUGUCUUGACAGAAAUCCAGAAGCUUUCCUGCCAAAGAUUGGAAAAGGAAAACUUGGAGAUAUUAAACCAAGACAUAAUAAAGGUUGUAACUGUAAGCGUUCAGGGUGCCUAAAAAAUUACUGUGAAUGCUUUGAGGCUAAAAUUAUGUGCUCAUCUAUCUGCAAAUGUGUUGGAUGCAAAAAUUAUGAAGAAAGCCCUGAUCGAAAAACAUUAAUGAAUAUGCCAAUUGAAAUGGAAUUUAAAACCAAUGAAGGAAAUGAUUCUCAAUCAUUUUCUAACUCUGAAACAUUAUCAAAAACCAAGAAAGAAAGACAAUCUAGUACGUGUAUAUCCUGGGAGGUGGUUGAGGCAACAUGUGCCUGUCUUCUUGCUCAAGGUGAAGAGGCAGAAAAACAAGAUUACUCCAUUUGCUUAGCUGAACAAAUGAUCCUAGAAGAAUUUGGGAGAUGUUUAUCACAGAUUCUUCACUCUGAAUUUAAAUCCAAAGGACUGAAAGUAGAAUAAUGUCUUUUACUUGCGGAACUAAAGUAUUGUUUGAAAUUAUUUUUAAUUUUGAUAAAAUAUAUACAGUAACCCACUUAGUUUAUUUUCUAAUUCUAUUUCUCCUGCUUUUAUAUUAUCAUAAUUGAUAAUUAUUUUGUUGCAAAUUAGCAGAGCAGUAAAACGUUCAGCUGGAUUAUUCUAUAUUUAAAUUAUUCUUGAAAUGAAUUCCUAACAUUGUCCAUAUGUGUGUGCAUAUAAAAUUUGUUUACUCUUAUUUUACUCCCCUUUGCUCAGGUCCCUGUUUUAAUGUUCAAUUGUUAGAAAUGAAAGGAACUGUUUUCCAUUUGAUUUAUUUACUAGUUUUGUAACAAUGGCAUACUUUUCAGCUAAUAAAUAUCCUUAAUAAGA